AUGACCCUCACCCUUCUCGGCGAUGUCUUUCUCGGCACGUUCCUCACACUGGUCGCCGACCGCGUGGGCCGCCGAAGAGUUCUCAUGGGAGGGUCGAUGCUCAUGGUCUUGACGGGCGUAGUGUUUGCCCUGUUCGAGAACUUCUGGAUCCUCUUGGUCGCGGCGAUUCUGGGCGUCGUGAGUGUCACCGGGGGUGACUUUGGUCCGUUUAGGAGUAUUGAAGAAUCAAUGCUAUCACAAUUGACGACACCAUCUUCCCGAGCGGACGUUCUAGCGUGGUACGUCACCACAUCAACACUAGGAUCGAGCAUCGGGUCCGAAGUAUCCGGGAGGGUGAUUCAUUUCCUCCAGGACCGACGAGGUUGGAACCCCGUGGAUUCCUAUCACGCUCUGUUCUGGGUCUACACGGCCAUGGGGAUCGUGAAUGCACUCCUCGUCGUACCCUUGACGGAGGAAUGCGAAUUGGAGGCGACCGGAUCAAUAUCCCAAGAUGAGAAUUACGUGGAGUUAGCCCAGGAUGAAGACACGGACGACGACGACGACGACGACGACGACGACGACGACCAUGGCGACAACACACCGCGCGCUCACCGAAAUCCAACCUCUCAACCGCUCACUGGAAGAGGACGAGAAUCAUCGACACCAGCAGAAGACGAAGGCCACGACCAUCGUUCCGGCGGACCUCGGUCUCGAUUUCAAGCUCGUAUAUCAAACUUCUUCGCACGGCGGUUCACGCAAAUCUCCGCCCCGACGCGGGCAAUAAUGUACAAACUCUGGUUCCUGCUCGCGGUCGACUCUCUCGCGGACGGGAUGGUGCCGUACUCGCUGACCAACUACUUCCUGGACCUGCGGUUCCGGCCGUCCAAGUCGGCGCUCGGCGACGUGACGUCCCUGGCGUACUUCCUGGGCGCCGUGGGCGCCGUGUUCGCGGGCCCGCUCGCGCGCCGGAUCGGCCUGAUCAACACCAUGGUCUUCACGCACGUGCCGUCGUCGGCCGCCGUGCUCCUGUUCCCCUUCCCGCCGUGGUUCGCGCUCGCCGCGGCGCUCCUGCUCGUGCGCGCCGGCCUGAACAACAUGGACCAGGCGCCGCGGUCGGCCUUCAUCGCCGCCGCCGUCAGGCCCGACGAGCGCACCGCCGUCAUGGGCAUCACCGCCAUGCUCCGCACCCUGGCCGCCAUGGCCGGCCCGACCGUCACCGGGGCCCUGGCGGCCGACAAGCGCUUCUGGAUCGCCUUCGUCGUCGCGGGCGUGUGUCGCCUGGCCUACGAUUUCGGCCUGUACGCCAUGUUCGUCAAUAUGAGGUUGCACCAGCACGAGGAGGACGACCGCACUCCCUCCGCUUCCACUUCCACCUCCACUUCUCGCUCGGGCUCAGUCAAGGGUCGUCAUCACCAUCCUGCUGGUGCCGGUGGUGGACGCGGACACCAGUCGUCGCCAAGAAUUCCCAUGGCUGGGCGGGGCCGUGGAGGAGGACGACGACGACCAAGUGAUGAAGAGGCAGCGCUGGAAAUGGACGAUUUGGAAACGACGACGAAAGAUGAAACCGAAUAG